CUGUCUUGUGCUGUCUUACAAAAGUCAGGGCUGCAGUCAUCGUGAAAGCCAAAACAAUGACGUGGUCCAUUCUGCAAGUCACGUUUGAGUGCCGUACUCCUCAUCCUGAUUGCAGCUCGAGCAGCAGAAACCAGUCGCUUUCUUGUUUUCAGCGUAAGUCCACCAUUUCCCUUGUAGGAUGGGUUAUCCUGAACAAGCCUCUCAAGAGCACCUCGGCAAGCGUGAUUCGCGCAUUCUAGCUUCUUGAUGGCAUGUCCCCAACCCUGGAACAUUCUGUAUGAGCGUAGGAUGCACAGAACUAUCUAUGAAGUGUAUGUACCGCACACCAUGGACCUGCUCAGCUUCAAGGAACCCUUCCAGGAUAAUGUCUGUCUCCAUUUCAGAAGAUGACUUGUUCCAGUUGCGCGGAAACAAACAUGCUUGUCAGGCGAGUGCACAGGCAUGGCAGUACUUAUUUCGCACACCUAUGUAGAGAAGCUUGCCGGUCUCCUUGCCGAUAAUGAUGGCAACACCUGAGUUUGCAUUGUAGGAGUGCUUGUGUGAUCGCUUGCUCCAUCCUCAUCCUCCGUCUAAAUAACUGUGAUAGCUGGAACGCCUUCAUUAUAGCUCCCCAUUUCCUCUGCUAUUCUUUUCUCCUCCCGUCCUGCUUCGGCCAUUGACUCUAUUAAAUUUUGCUUCCAAAUCUCUCCGAUAUUUCUCUCAGUUGAGAUGAAGCUCUCAGCUGAAGCUCGCUUUCGUCAUGGUAGGAAUUCCCAGUACACUCACUUGCUCCUCCAGCUGAGAAUGACCAGCUGAGAAUGACCACCCCCCGUAGCCAUCUUCCCCCACACCGCAGCAAGAUUGCACUCCCACCUAAAUUCACUGGGCAAAAACUUGAUUUCCUGUAGACCUUAAUAUGGGGAUUUAUGUAGGACAUACCACUUUAGCUUUCCUUUCCAAAUCCUUUACACAAACGUAUGAUGUGUCUAUAACAUUUCAUAAAGUAUCUGAUUGUUCUUGUAUCAUACAGGAGUUAACUAUAGGAAACGUCAAGUGUCUAUGCACAUUUCAUGAAGUACAUGUAUCAUACAAAAUGAUGUGUCUAUGCACAUUUCAUGAAGUACAUGAUUGUUCUUGUAUCAUAUCAUGUAUCAUAUCACAAGAGUGACCAGAGGAAACAUCAUGUCCACAUAUUUUGAGGUACAAGUUUCCUGGUAUUAUUUUUAUGCACAAUUAUAUGCACAUAUGCAUAAUUAUGUCUGCAGUACGUAUACAAGCUUAAGUCAUUUGAUUUUAUUGAUUUUAUAAUAUUAUGUUUAACACAUGCCGGAUAUAAUUAUCAUCUUGUUCACUGUGCAAAAUAAUUAUUACAGACAAUUUUUUUUAUGAGUUAUACACGAGGGCAGACAAGAAGGACAGAUUCACAAGCACCAAAAUUGAGUUUGUCCACAAGCGAUACUGUCCUACCCACAAUUAGUUGAACUGGUAGAAAGGGAUCAUUUUCAAAUAUGUACCAUAGUGAAAUCUCUCUUGGCGACUCUUAAACCAUGAAACCGAAAACAUUACAUGUGUGAUCGGAGUGUUUCUAAUCAGCACAACAUGCUUCAUGAAGUAGUUAAUUCUAGCUGGUCGAGUGUCUUGAUUGCCAAUGUCAUCUACACAGAGCAAGUUCGGAAACCACGAGGCCAUGACUACAGACGAAUUUGAUGAUGCUCCCGAUUAUCUUUCCAUUAAAAGUUAUCUCCUUAAAUUUAUAGGUAACACUAUUUACGUUCACAUCCGCUAAAGAAACAGAAUAUAAGCGAGCAAAAAAUAUCUUCAGGCCAUCAGUUUCAGAAUUACUAAGUGUUGGUAGUUGGAUAUUUUUAAGUUGAGCCAUACCCCAGUUACACUGGCAAAGUCACUGUCGCACAAUAAACCGAUUCUUGUAACGUUUCAGACACAGAGCCAACUACUUGCCUACUAUGAGUGAAAACUGGUGCAAAUUGAGUGGUGUAUAGUAGCACAAAACUGUUCCAUAUCUCCAGCAAAACGCUUCAUGAGUUGCAAUUCGAUCGAGUUAGGCAUCUGGCCAAGUAUACCAUUGAAUCUUUCAUACGAGAAACACCGAGAAACACCAAAAUCCAUAGAAAGGACCGUAGUCUCUCGAAGAUGUGCGUGUAAAAUGCAUGUUUGGAGUAACAACGUCUUUUCCAUAGAUUCCGUGUACAGAAUUGCAUAAGGAGAGCAUCACCAAUUUGAAUAUCCAGAAGGGUUACACGUCUUCUGCAAAGUUUCCUACAGGCUAGGUUGAAGAUGUUCCUCGGCAAGAACAUCUCUGAGGGCCAACACAGAAAAGUAAAGGAUCCAAUUCUUAAACUGAUCUGCUGUGAAUGAGCUGAAACCUGACAUAAUUUUGUAUGGGAUUCGUCCCAUAUCGGAUGGAACUAUCAUUCUAUCGACUGAAUCAUAUUAUACUGUGAUUCUUCAAUGAGAUUCCUUUGCAACCAAAUAUGUUUCAGAAUGUACUUACCACUGCCAAGAAAUAUGUUGUGCAUCGGAUCAAUCACAAGCAUCCUUGAUGGAUGGAAAUAAGGGAGUUUUAACAGAAGGGUGUAUCGAUAACCGCUUUAGUGUUACAGGAAAGCAUUUUAGUUGGUGAGAUUCAUAUGUUCGAGGAAUCCAGUGAUCACGAUCAAAACCUGAGUAAUCCAUACAACCAACGGUCCCAGGAAAGGAUUUCAAACAUUUAGAACAUCCGUGGCGAGAAUUGUAAGACUUAAAUCCACACACUUUUUCGUCCAGCUGGCAAAUCACAUGACACACAAAGCAAUGCACAACGAACUUUUUGGUACCAUGAAUAGGCAACUCCUUUCCCUGCCACAUAGUCAAUUCAUUAACCAAUGGUUCUAAGAAGCUAUUAAUGUUUUCAGAUGGCUCAUGAGGGCCUGGUAUAAUGCCCACGGUGAUCAUAUUUUCACAUUUAAACCGUAAGUGUCGUGGAAGGUUCAUAAUCGUAAGAUAAAUCACCCCAACUGAAUAUUGAACAUGCUUGAAUGGCUGAAACCAAUCAACAUUCAUCAUUAAAGCUAAGUUCCAGGGCUGAGACAGAGAAGCAUGAGUUUGAAAUUCUUUCCAAAUCCUCCCAUCCAUAACAUCAGAUAAAUCAGUUCCAGUUUUUGAUCGCCAUUGUUCACACUGAAUAAAAGUUGGGCCGCAGCAAGAAAGCUUGUAGUUGGACUUCAAGACUAAGGUAGCAGUAACUCAUGAAAGGGUACAACAUUGUCUUCCCACUGGCAACUUUCAAAAGCAAAGCACUACAGGGCAACCGCCUUUGUCUGUGUGGAUGAUGAGGAAAUGCGAUAAAGGGGCAUGGUUUACUUAUUUUCCGUGUACACAAUCGUCAAAAAAGUAGAUAUGAUGGCACUUUUUGCAAACUACAUACCGUUUGAAACGGAAGUGUGGAGACUUGUAAAAGGAGGAAGGAAGUAAGCUUGCCAUGCCCAAAAUACCAAAAAGACCAAAAAGGAAUAGUAAAAGUUGUUGUGAGAGAAAGAUAGUAUAUAAAACUGCAAAUAUAACGAAGAACGAAUGAUCUGGAUGAAUCGCUGGAAUUGGUGGUAUCCGGUUCGCCCAGAGUAGGCUCAGUAUCGAUCAACUCAAAGUCAGUUUCUGCUUCAUCCGGUUCUGUGGUCCAUAUCUCUUCCAUAUCUGUAUUAGAAAAGGUUCAAAGUAGGCCUACAAUCAAUAAUAGCACAAAACAAAAUACCAAUGCUAUUGAAGGACACCAACUGAGUCUCACCUUCAUCAUCACCACUUUCACAAACGCUCCAAUCGUCUAUUAUGGGGAAAACAAUUAGAUCUACACCGUAAUUUAAUCUAUCAGAAGACAGGCAAGGUGAUCCUAACGGUUGAUCAUCACUUGAGAUAGUGAUGCAUGGCCAAGGGAGGCAGGGGCAGGGGGAGAUUCAGAUCGUUCAUCGCUACUACCUUGAGAUGAUUCAUUUGUAGAUCUGAGGCGUACGGACCAAUUUCUACUGGAGGAGUUUAUGAGCUUUAUAUGUCUUAAUCGACACUGAUCUGUCACAAUGUAAGCAAUGUAACAAUGUAAGCAAUGUAAGCAAUGCCUUCUGUUUACUCUAACAAUGCGUCUUUAAAUAACGCAUGACGUUGACAGCUAGAGCACAUGGCAGUUCCUAGAUUCUUGUUGAGCUAGCUAGCUUCUCGAUCUAAGUACGGACUCAAUAGACUAGAAUCUAGGCGGCAGGUGACUUGAAAAGAAAGGUUGUUGUUCUGUGGAAAUAAUGGCAGGAUCGGGAACUGAACUCUUUUCUAGUGAUGAUGAGGUUCUACAAACUUCCUGCAGCAGUUACUCUGAGCCUGGUUCAGAAGAUGAUCGGUCAAAUACACAAUUCAAAAACCUUGAUAUGGCUGAUCUCUUUAAAGCAAAAAGACAGAGCCCGGUUACACCCUGUAGGCAAGGUUUACAGGGCAGUAUGUCUGACUCUCGAGUCACUAAAAGCAAAAAAUCUAACACUAAGGAGAACACUUCUGCUCCUGUCACUCCGUCACUUCGUAGACGCAGAACUCUCUUGCCUUAUUCACGUGGGAGCAAGAAUUGUGACUCGCAUACAAAUGUUUCCGGAGGUUCAGAGGUGGCAGCAGCACUCAAAGAAAUGUCUAACAAGCUUGGGGAAUUAAUCCAACGUGUUGAACGAACUGAAAUAGAGCUGAAGUCACUAAUUCUCUAAAGAAUUAUGCGUCCAGCUCUGGUGAUACGACCAGCACUCCAAAAUCUAAAAAGAAAACUGUUCCUCUCGUUGUUAGGGCUGAAACUCGGAAGGUCUACCAAACUAUGAUUGAAGAUGAUGAAAAUUUCGAUGGUUUCAACAUUGAACCCCCGUCAACCUUCAAAGAUUCUGAAAAUGUAGCUGUGGUAAAAAGGUUGAUACAAGAGAUACAUUGAUACAAGAGAUACACUCUCUUAAUCCAUCUUUCCAAAGUCAUAACAUACGGAGUGCCACGUAUACAUACUACAAAACUCUCCGCCAG